AGAUUAUUUUGUGAAGUGGAGUGCCAUGUCAUCACUUGGGACAGACGAGGAUCGGUCGAGUGUAAACUACAUGGGAUCAAGCACUUACUACCAAGAUUCAAUGGUUUUGAUGAAUAAAGGUGUAGAGUUGGAGCUAGUACGUAUUCUAACAACCUACACAGCACUUGACUUUUCAGGAAACAAGUUUGAAGGAGAGAUUCCAAAGUCUAUCGGUCUAAUGAAAGAGCUUCAUGUGCUCAACUUGUCAAACAAUGCUUUCACCGGCCAAAUGCCUUCAUCUAUGGGGAACUUGACAGCUCUCGAGUCGCUAGACGUUUCCCUAAAUAAGCUCUCAGGAGAAAUUCCACAAGAGCUAGGGGACCUCUCGUUCCUUGAAUACAUGAACUUCUCUCAUAACAAGCUUACAGGACUAGUACCAGGGGGCACUCAGUUUCGAACGCAGCCUUGCUCUUCCUUUGGAGAUAAUCCGGGACUUGUUGGCUCUUCUCUUGAAAAAGUUUGCAGAGAUAUUCACAUGCCACCGUCGCAUCAACAAUAUGAAACGCCGGAAUUAGAGGACGAAGAAGAAGUGAUUAGUUGGAUAGCAGCUGCAAUAGGAUUCAUACCUGGUAUUUUCUCUGGUUUAACGAUUGGAUACAUAUUGCUUUCCUACAAGCCAGAGUGUUUCAUGAACCCUUUUGGCAGAAACCGUCGUAGACGGAGAAACACCACAACUCAGUAGACAGGGUGUCCAAGAAAACAACAAGAAUGAG